UAAGAAGUCGCAAUAGCAAAAUAUAAACGAUACGAAAUGUAAACAAUAUUGUUCUCUCGGUUAAUUCUAUUCUAUACAGACCAGAGGAAGAGCUCUGUAAAACUUGCUGUUUUAACAUUCAACCAGCAAUGACUGUACAGCAAAUUAGAUUGGCAUUAUCUUCAAAAUAGAACAAAAAAUAGACUAAAACUCAGUCAUUUUUUGUUUCAUUAUUGCUUUUUAUCUAUAACAUAAAAUGAGUGGUCUUUCAAUGAAACUACCAGAUCAUUUACCAUUAAUAAAAUCAAGUAGAACAAAGCCUGAAAGGAAAAUAUCCAAUUCAAAACCUCUAAGCAAGGAAGAACUCAGUGACUUCCCUUGUGUAAGCAAGUGGAUGUCAGAGCUGCAGUGGGUCACUGAAUUAGAAUGUAUGAGUAUCUUGCAAGGCAAACCCCUGUGUCCAAACAUUGCUCAAGACAGUGCAGCUUCUCAAGUACAGACUUAUAGAGAUGCAAUUGACAGAGUUAAGUUUGAAGCUAGCAAGAUUACUGACGGAUUCAAUGUACUUUUUAAAUAUUUUGACUCCAGCAAAUGGGUAGCAUUAAAUAAUCACACUAUGGAGAUGACAUGUGGUAUUAGAAAAUUAAUCCAGCUGUGCAAUGCCCAUGUGACUGAUGUCCCUUCCUAUAUACAAGAGCAACAAGAAGUAGUUAUGUGUGAAUCAGCAAAAUUAGUUCAACAAACAGCCAGUGCUGCAGAGAAAAAUGUUGUCCAUAGAGUUCCUCUUGUCAAUCAACUGACUUUCCUGGGGCAGUCCUUCAGUCGUUUGGUGGACAACAUACUGGGAUAUUUGGUUCAGAGACUUGUGGGAAUGCUGGAGUCAUGUAACAAUGUGUCUGCCUUACAUGUAGUCAUCAACAACAUCAUCACCCUUGGCCUGGAAGGAGAGCACAUGUGUUUCAUCUUGGCCAGAGAAGGUGGUGUCAAGGCCUUAGUUGACCUCUGCCGCAGGGACAAUGUGGCAUUCACUAGAUCUAAAGCGCUGAGAGCCCUUGCUACUAUUUGCUGUGCACCGGAAUGUGUGGCUGAACUAGAAAAGGAGAAUGGCAUUGAUCUUCUCAUUGAUAUAUUAACUGAUGAAAGUGUGAUUGAGUCUGUUCAAGGGGAAGCAGCUGGUGUUGUUGCUCAGAUUACCUCUCCUGUACUAGACCAGACCCAGCACCUGUAUCGAUUUGCAGAGUCAUUACAGAUUAUACUUAAAGCAUUGCUAGGUCUGUGUGAAAAGACAGAGGGUCAUGAAACAUUCCUGUUAUCUGCUGCAGCUGUGGCCAAUAUCACCUUUAUUGAUACAUCAGCUUGUGGUUUACUGCAGGAAAUGAAAGCACCUCAAUUACUUGUCAAAUCUUGCAUGUGUAGGAAAGCCAGGUCAUUGUUUGCCAAAGAUCAGGUAGCCACAAUACUGGCCAACAUGGCAGCCAUUCACAUUUGUCAAGAAAACAUUCGCUGUUGUGGGGGGCUGGAUCUUUUAGUCAGUUUUUUGCACCAGAAACCUUGCCUUCUGUCCAGUGGAGCAGAAAGGUCAGCCUGCGAGCGUGUGCAGCAGAAAGCAGCUAUUGCUUUGAUGCGUCUGUGUCAGGAUACAAGACACACUUUUAAAGUGAUCAAACAGAAGGGCAUUCCUAGGUUUGUAGAACUGUGCAGAGACUCCCAGGCAAGAAACAACAGUGAUGCUGUCCUAGUGGCAUGUCUGGCUGCUUUGAGAAAAGUGUGUGCACUCUAUGGUCGAGAUGGCAUUUCCAACUUGGACUAUCAGCAGUUAGUGACACCUCAACUCAUGGACUCUUUCCUCAUGUGUUCACACAGUGAUGAGAACUUUGUAUAAGGCUGACAGCUGGUAUUUACUUUGUAUUCUGUGUCUUUGAUGGCAGUUGUAGAUCUGAUACUUGUGUGAGAAGCUAGCAUUUGAUCUAAUACUUGUGUGAGAAGCUAGCAUUUGAUCUAAUACUUGUGUGAGAAGCUAGCAUUUGAUCUAAUACUUGUAAAAAGUUUAUAGAGACAUAGAGAAAGAAUAACAUAAUGGAUUUGUUUCCCCCAGAAAUGUACUGUUGAUACAAAGUUUUGCUCAAGAAAAGUCUUACAAAACAUUACGUACAUGUCCCAUUUUAAGCAUUUGCCAAACAUGCUAGUAUUGCUACGCACUGACAAAUUUGAUGUAACUUAAUUUAUUCUAAUAAAUAUUUCUUAAAAGUUUUAUUUUGUGUAACAGAAAAGUGUAUACUUGUCGUUAAAGGGUAAUUUAAAAAUGUGUAGCAUUAUUUUUGUGUUAUGUGUUCCUUUGAAAAAAAUAACCUGGAUCUGUUAUUAUAAUUUAUGCCAAUCAUCUAGUCUUCUUUCUUUUUGUAUUGAAUUGUAAUCUUCAAUGCCCAUUGUAUAUAUAUAUCUUUUACAAAUGCUUUGCUUUUAAUGGAAUGUAUUAUUUCAACCUAUUUUUGUAACAAAUUUUUUUUAUUUAUUUUAGCUGUUUAAAAUAAGAUCACAUACAUCUUAACAAAAAAUAAUUUUAACUAUUUGCUUUUCUGAAUUUUACUAUAAAAAAAAACAUUUUAGAUUUAUACUCAUUUAAUUUUUAUGUAGAUCGCAAACAUAGAAAACAUUUUUAAAAUCAAAUUAGGAAAUUUUACAAAUUUGGAAUAUGCCUGCUAGGAUAUCCAUGCAGCAUUCUCUGACAAGAACCAUGGCUGCAUAUAGGUGAAAAGGAGUGGGUGAUUGUUGUCCAGCCUGUUACAUUUUCAAUUAAAAUCAAACAUACUAAAUAUUUAUAUCCAUGCAGCAUUCUCUGACAAGAACCAUGGCUGCAUAUAGGUGAAAAGGAGUGGGUGAUUGUUGUCCAGCCUGUUACAUUUUCAAUUAAAAUCAAACAUACUAAAUAUUUAUAUCCAUGCAGCAUUCUCUGACAAGAACCAUGGCUGCAUAUAGGUGAAAAGGAGUGGGUGAUUGUUGUCCAGCCUGUUACAUUUUCAAUUAAAAUCAAACAUACUAAAUAUUUAUAUCCAUGCAGCAUUCUCUGACAAGAACCAUGGCUGCAUAUAGGUGAAAAGGAGUGGGUGAUUGUUGUCCAGCCUGUUACAUUUUCAAUUAAAAUCAAACAUACUAAAUAUUUAUAUCCAUGCAGCAUUCUCUGACAAGAACCAUGGCUGCAUAUAGGUGAAAAGGAGUGGGUGAUUGUUGUCCAGCCUGUAACAUUUUCAAUUAAAAUCAAACAUACUAAAUAUUGUUGCUAACGACUUUGUUGGGGUGCUCUAACAUAAAAUUCUGUUUUUUUUUUGUUUUUUUAAAUUAGUUUUGUGCUGUCCAAUGAAGUAGAAAAGAUAUGGGGAAAAACACAUUUCUAUUGUUCCAUUAAUAUGAAAAUAAUGAUCACUCUUUUAUUUCUGCAAGUUGGACUAGAGCUACCGUACGAAAAAAAAAAAAAAAGGGGGGGGGGUAGGACAAGUAGUAUUCACCCGUCACAAAAUAGAAGGGCCGGACUUAACCGUUGUGACCAAGAAGUCAUGGAAAGAUCACUCUUUUUUAUUUCUACCCCACAUAGUUUUAGUGUUGAAAAAAAGGAGGGGGGGGGAGGAGAACAAGUAAUCUACUCUGUGUUUACCCAUCACAAUUGGGAAGACAUAGCUCUAGACCGCAACAGAUGGAGAGAGACAGUGACCAAGAAAGCUAUGGACAGUGAAAGUACAUGAGUCUCAGCUCAGGAGGAAAAACGGCCAGCUCCUCUACCACCGAAGCAAAAGCCACCUUAACCUGCGUUAUCUGUGGACGGGAGUGUCUCUCCAGAAUAGGGCUCCACAACCACAUGAGGAAGUGUGCUCUGAGAUGAACCAUAGUCGUUCUACAACUGAAGGAGGCCAAAUGAAAUGAAUGAAUGAAAUUCACCCAUCACUAAAUAGUAUGGUGGACUCAACUGUUGUGGGCCCUAUGUGAAAUUGAUUUCGCAGAGCCAAGUUUGGGUAGGGAUACCGAUAAUAAGUGAAAUUUAAGAGUUUAUAUUCGAAAAUAAAUUCAUCUUUGCAUUUUAUUCAUUCUGUACUACGUACAGAACUACUUUACAAGCCUUGCGUGUAACGAAGUCAUACAGUAUAUCAUAAAAAUUUUAUUUCCUACAUAGAUCAUGCUCAAUAGCAAGAACUACCAAAUGUUUCAAUCUAUCUACGAGAAUUGUUGACCUCAAGUAAUUCUUCAUUAGUUUGAGGCGUGAGCUUCUUUCACUAGAUUCCAGAAUUACGGGUUUGCAUAAUGCCGUUUUUUUGUAUUUUCGUGAGUAGGAUUGGCAUUUUCUAUAUUGAAUGACACCCCAAAAUGAAAAUUUUUGUCUAUUUAUUUCAGGAGAUUUGUAUGAGUUUUCAAAAGAUUUUAAUAAUUUCCGGAUAUUUCCAGGACUUUUUUGUAUAUUUUGCAAUUUCAGGAGAUUUCCAGGAGCUCCUGGUAAAUUGACAGGAGGCCGCGGGAAAUCUGUUAUAAGUUUUAAAAUGGUUUAAUUUAAUAAUUUAUACACCUAGAACUAGCCCGGGUCCUAUGAAAGUGCGGAGCCUACUGCGGUCGAAUAGGUUGCAGUUGCCUAAGGUCGGCCCUGCAAUAUAGCGGCGAUGCUGGUCGACUAGUCUGAUAUAUUUUAGUUCCUAUAUAUCUUAGUCACAUUAAUCUUAACAUAGUUUAAAAUUGUAUCAAAUAUUUUCCAAGAGAUAAUAAAAACUCUCAAACUGCUGCUGCCAUACCACCUAUUGUAAAAUAGCAUAACUUUCUACAAAAUCACUUCUGUUUUCACAAGUCUCAAAGGUAUAUUGAAUUGCUGUAAGAAAAUUGUAUUUACAUAUCUUAUUUCUCCUGUUAAAGAUUUAUUCCUUGGGUAAAAUAGAAAUGUUUCUUCACUGUCUUUUUAACACACAAAAAAAAAAGAAAGAAACUAUUAUUUUAGAGAACACGCGCAGGGCUUAUUUUUGAAAAAAUAAAUGUUAUAAUGUUGUAUAAAAUAUACUAAGGAGGUAGGCCUAAAGUGACUGUUUUAAAUUAUUUGUUUGUUGUCUUUUGUUAUGGAAGUUGGGCAGGAUUCCUUAUUUGAUACUUUGAAAUGGCCCAGUCCAUCUCUACCACUAAGCAGGGCUUACUCAUGCAUCGCAUAGAGAACUGAAUUUUUUACAUUUCUAGAAGAAACUAGAAGCUUGAUUCAAUAACAGACGCUCUAAUAUGCUCUAUUACAGAAAAUUGGUUACUAUCAACCUUCAUGAAAUUAUAGGCUGCUAUGAAUAUAUUUUUUUAAUAUGCAAUAUCUUGACUAGAGAGAUUAUUGCUUUUUUUCACUUUUUCUUUUAACCAGUGAAAAUGUAAAUACUUUCCUAGUGAGAAUGUAUCUAUUUUCCUAUAGUAGAAUUUAAAUAAGAGUUUUAUCUGUAUAUAAUGAAUGCUUUUAAGUUUGACAAGUAGUACAGUAAUAAAGAAAUAGCCUAUUUAAUUUAUAAAAAAAACUAUUGCCAAUCAGUAUUGUUGUAUAUAAAUUAUGUGCCCUCUUGUUUGGCUGAUGUUGAGCCCAACAAUAUAUAUAUCUAUUUACAAACUUAGUCUGUGAAACUCAACACUAUAUGUGAUUUAAUCUGUCUAUCUACUUAGCAGUUCUGCAGUUAUAGUGUAUAUUGUUCUAUUGUUAAAAAAUUAGAGCAACAUUUAUUUGUAAUCACUGUGCAACUUUAUAUUUUUAAUGGAAAGACCAGGCACUUAAUAUGGAAUUUAAAAAAUCAAGCUAUUGAAAAAAAGUUAAAAAACUAAGGUUGAACUUUAAAUAUUUUUAAAAAUGCUGAUCUCUGCGCCAUGACAAAUGACAAACUGAAAGGCUAAUGCUGGCUCAGCUCAGAAUUACACUAAGAUUUUAAUCUCAGAAUUUUUAGAAAUUUGUGAUUACCUAAACAAAAACUAAUUGCUGACAUUUGUUGAUUAGACUAGAAGAAUUUAAUCUAAAAACAUAACAACAACCUAAUCUGUUGCCCAUUAAUAACAGGAAAUGUGACUUUCUAGAGAACUUUAACAUUACAUGAGGAGAAUAAGGAUAGUUGGGGAUAAAACUUUAGGGAAUUCCUCAGUCUUGAAAGUUAUUAGGCCCAUAACUCAUAUGUUUUGUCUUUAAUUUUUUAUCUUUACUAGAUUUUUUGUGUGUAUAAACUUUAACAUUAGCCCUUAUGACUGUCAUGUUGUUAACUUCAGAAUUUGCUUAUUAAAAAUUGUGUAAUUGAGUUGUUUUUUUGGUCUUCCUCAAUAGUUUUCUAUCAAGGUGUUACAUACACACUUGGUCAGAUUGCUGUGUGAAACACUUUUUCAGCUUGUUGUGUAGCAUACCAUGUUUAAAUAUUGUUGAAAUCACAUUGUUGGUGAACUUUAUAAAAAAUUUUUACUCAAAUCUGCAUUAAUAUAUUGGCAGACCUUUAUAUUAUAUACCAUUAUUAAUGACAAUAGCUUUUUGUUUUAUUUAAAAGUUGUGUUUUUUUUUAAACUUUAGUUUUUAAGUUUUAGUUGAUACAAAAAAAAAUAUCAAAAUGAUUUCAUUCCAUUGAAUAUUCCAACUUUUUUUCUCUUUUUACUCCUGUGAAUAUUCCAAACCUUUUUUUUUUACAACUUCAGCAAAUAUUCUGUAUUCCAUUAUUCCUUUUAUGUUUUUAUAUUGUGUCCAUGGUAACAAUUCCAUAAAUAAAUGUUGAUGUUCUCCAUGUUUAUAUAUAGCAGGGAUGUUAUGUACAGUAAAAAGUACAUAAUAUAGAAAAUGAUAUUAUAUCUGAACAAAGAUAUGUAUAAACGUUUAGCCAUUUUUAUUAUUUUUAUUAUUAUUAUUAUUAUAUCCGACUGAACAAUAACUCAUUCACUUUUGGCGCCAGACCAAAAUUAUUGUCAUUUGUGUUAAUCUUUGUCACUAUAAUAUUUUUUUUAAAGAUUUAUUAUUGGUGGCCUGAGUUUGAAUGGCUUCUAUACUCUCCAUCAUCUAUGAAAUAUGUUUCAAGUCUUUAUCCCCCUUUUUCCCCUCAGGAAACAGAUGUGUGAUAUCUUGUUCUCCUUCCCAGUUCUGAUGCACUUUUAUAAUAUCAUUGAAAUUUGUCAAGGGAAUACUAUUUUCGAAUUCUUGUAUAAAUUGUGUUCAUAAAAGUACCUAUCUGUUCUGGAGAUGAUUGUUAUUAGGUGACUGUAAAGAUAGGCCAUGCAAGCUUAAGGUAUGAAUCAUACUCUGAUAAGUUGAUAUAUUUUUAUAUUUGUUAAUAUUUAUGGAAUUCAUAUUUUGAGGAUAUUAGUAAAUGUUUAUAUAAGAAAUUCCCAAAGAUGUAACAAUAGUUGUCUAAGACAUAUAAACCCCUUCUCUAUAAGACAUUGUUCUGUUAAUAAUCAUUGCUGAGUUCUUUAUGAAUUACCUUUUUUUUUCCCUUACUAUUUUGUUUUUUUUUUUUAGCUUCAUUACAAAGAUUAUUUAGGUAAUUUUUUACUUUAUUAAUUUUAGAAUUGAAGACUCAAUCAUUAAUACAAUUAAUUUCACUUGUAUAUCUUGUGAAAAUUGAUAAUAAAGUAGAAGAUUUGUACGCUGUGGGGCAUUUAAAAAAAAUACAGGUUUUUUUUUAGUUUUUAACAUUUUAAGAAGUUUUAAAAAUUAAUAUAAUUAUUACUUGUCUUUUUUGAAGCAUUUAACAUAUUAAGAAUUUUUAAAAAUUAAUAGAAUUAUCACAUUAUUUUAACAAUAAUAUAAUAUGCAAACAUUAUUGUCACUGAUCACAAAAGCCAACUAUUUUUUGCAAGUAUAAACUAUGUUUAUAUUGACCCCUGAGCUAAAGUAAGCAAACCUUCAGUAGCUGCACCAACUGGAUAUAUAUAUAUAUUUAUAUAUAUAUAAAUUCUAUACACUAAUAUAAGGAGGGAAAAAAUACUGCUCAGUAUAACACAUAUAUUCUUGUAAAAUAUUAUAUGAAUGGUUGUUUUAUUUAUUUAUUUAUUGUAGCUUUCAUAAUUGAUAUUAGUUUUCAAGUGUUCAAAGAUCAGUUUUAUAUGUGGACCAAAUGCUGCCAUUGUUUACUUGUUUACAGUAAAUAGCAGCUGAAAAAGUUUUGAAUGUAAUUUUAUUUAGGUUUUUAUUUUCAUGUGCUUUUUGGAGACAAUUUUGUUUUACAUUUUGGUAUGUGCAAUUUUAUUGAAUCUUAAUUGGAUGGAUGUAAACCCCCUUUUCCAUAUUCACUUGUUUUAACUAUGUAAUGUACUUAAUGAUUGUAGAUAUGUGUUAUGCUCACUAUUGUAUGUGUAGUUAUAUUUUUCUUUAAACAAAACGAUUGCUUUGUACUUCUUGCAUUCUAUCACAGGUUAUAAGGAUUGCUUGUGUAAAGAAAAAAAAGUUUGUAUCAAGACUUAGAGGUCCAUAGACAAAAGAUAAACAAGGGUUUUAUGUGGCAGACACUAAGACCAUAUGUCUUCACUAUUCUCCUAUAAAUAAUUCAAGAACAGUUUGGGUUUGGAGUUGUUGUUUUUUAAACCCAAGCCUCCAAAGGGGUGCUUGUGAUUGGCAAUGCUAAUAUGUUGCUUCAAACAAAUCCAAAUUGCUUACCAUAAAAUGACUUGACUUGCCCAAUGGACCUUGACUUGCCCAAUGGACCUUGAGUUGCCCCAGUCGUGAACACUUUACAUGGUAAAGGGACAGAAUUUAUGUACAUUUUGAAAAUUACUUUCAUUGAUGUAUCCCUUUUAAAAUGAGCUGCAGUUUGAAUACAUGGCUUAAGUUUACUUUGACAGAAGAACAAAAAAGUGUUGCUUGAUUGUAGAACUUGAAUGGUACCGGUACAUAAGGAUUGCCAAAAAAGGGGGAGAGACUUUUGAUUUGGUUUUGUUUUUAGUCUUGAAGUGACAUACUUGUUUGUUGAAUAUAUUUGUUAUACAAGAUUAGAUACAAUGUCAAAGAUGUGUUCCAUAUUUGACCAUAUAUGAAAUAAAGAUAUUAAGGUUGGUCCUUAUACUGCAAAUAAAACAUUGGACUUUUUUCUUUAAGAACAAAUACAUCAAAAAAUCAAAAUGACAUCAGGUAAUAUAACAUUCGCUUAGGCUUUAAUUUAAAAGAACAAAUCUGCAAUCAUUCAGCUUUUGUUUUAGUAAUGUUGAGUUCAAAGUUAGGUUUAGAAGAGUUGUAAUGGUUCCAGAAAUCAUCUUU